UGAUUCUACUCUCGAACAUAGGAUAAAAUUUAGAAUCACACUUCUUUUUCACCUCCACCCCCACCUCUAGUGCCCAUAUUAAAAAUGGCGGCUGCCGCCUUCCGCAGUAAUAGUUGUGCAGCGAACAAAAUCCGGGCGGAAACAGUAGGUAGGCUGGUUCAGCGGGGGCAGAACCUAGGUUGCCUUAGAGAGGUUCUUCGAGGUCCCGAGGGCAGCUCAAGUCAGAGUUGUUGGGUUCUGCUCAGAUUGGUGUGGGAAGAGCCUGCCUGUGGGGAGCGGCCACUCCAUACUGCUGAGGCCUCAGGACUGCUGCUCAGCUUGCCAGUUACCUGAAGAGGCGGCGGAGCCGGGCCCCUGACCGGUCACCAUGUGGGCCUUCUCGGAAUUGCCCAUGCCACUGCUGGUCAAUUUGAUCGUCUCGCUGCUGGGAUUUGUGGCCACAGUCACCCUCAUCCCAGCCUUCCGGGGCCACUUCAUUGCUGCGCGCCUCUGUGGUCAGGACCUCAACAAAACCAGCCGACAACAGAUCCCAGAAUCCCAGGGAGUGAUCAGCGGUGCUGUUUUCCUUAUCAUCCUCUUCUGCUUCAUCCCUUUCCCCUUCCUGAACUGCUUUGUGAAGGAGCAGUGUAAGGCAUUCCCCCACCAUGAAUUUGUGGCCCUGAUAGGUGCCCUCCUUGCCAUCUGCUGCAUGAUCUUCCUGGGCUUUGCGGAUGAUGUACUGAAUCUGCGCUGGCGCCAUAAGCUGCUGCUACCCACAGCUGCCUCACUACCUCUCCUCAUGGUCUAUUUCACCAACUUUGGCAACACGACCAUUGUGGUGCCGAAGCCCUUCCGCCCGAUUCUUGGCCUGCAUCUGGACUUGGGAAUCCUGUACUAUGUCUACAUGGGGCUGCUGGCAGUGUUCUGUACCAAUGCCAUCAAUAUCCUAGCAGGAAUUAAUGGCCUAGAGGCUGGCCAGUCACUAGUCAUUUCUGCUUCCAUCAUUGUCUUCAACCUGGUAGAGUUGGAAGGUGAUUGUCGGGAUGAUCAUGUCUUUUCCCUCUACUUCAUGAUACCCUUUUUUUUCACCACUUUGGGAUUGCUGUACCACAACUGGUACCCAUCACGGGUGUUUGUGGGAGAUACCUUCUGUUACUUUGCUGGCAUGACCUUUGCCGUGGUGGGCAUCUUGGGACACUUCAGCAAGACCAUGCUACUAUUCUUCAUGCCCCAGGUGUUCAACUUCCUCUACUCACUGCCUCAGCUCCUGCAUAUCAUCCCCUGCCCUCGCCACCGCAUACCCAGACUCAAUAUCAAGACAGGCAAACUGGAGAUGAGCUAUUCCAAGUUCAAGACCAAGAGCCUCUCUUUCUUGGGCACCUUUAUUUUAAAGGUGGCAGAGAGCCUCCGGCUGGUGACAAUACACCAAAGUGAUACUGAGGAUGGUGAAUUCACUGAAUGUAACAACAUGACCCUCAUCAACUUGCUACUUAAAAUCUUUGGGCCCAUACAUGAGAGAAACCUCACAUUGCUCCUGCUGCUGCUGCAGGUGAGGAUGGGGAUUGGGUUUAUACCUCCUUGUCUCCCUUUCUCCGUGAUUCUUACUCCAGUCCAUUUCUCCUUGCAGAUCCUGGGCAGUGCCUUCACCUUCUCCAUUCGAUAUCAGCUUGUUCGACUAUUCUAUGAUGUCUGAGUCCCUUGAUCAUUGUCCUUUACCUCACAGUCUCUAGGAUUCCUGACUCAGGCUGACCUCUCUCUGGUCCCAGACUGCCUCCUUGCCCAGGCCUCUCUCACUCUUCAUACUCUUCCAGAUUUUGUUCUCAGCAUUUUCUUUUCCCUGUGAUCACUGGCAUCCUGGGCGUUUCUUGCCCCCUACUGUCUACUGAUUGGAUUUUACUUAUGACUUUCUGCAACUUGCUACUCUCCCUCUCCAUCCUGUCUUUGCAGCCUCACAGGGUGGGAUACAGCAGUUUUUUUGCAGUUAUCCACAGUCACAUUUCAGAGUCCUGACUCUCAGGAACUACUGGUUUUUGGGAUAGAACUUGGGCCAGGGCUAGGGACACAGGCUCCACAGUGACCUGUUAUUUGAUUGUAAAUUAAGUGUUCUGAUUAGUAAGAAGUAAGCAGGGGGCCACAUGCUCUCAAUGGAGACAAUAAAGUGUUGUCUAUUUCUUAUUGUU